CUCUAAAGGAAAUGAGAUUUAAUUUAAAAACUAAAAUUGGAUUUUAAGUGGCCUUAAUAGUGCAAAUUAGUAUAUGUUCGAUGUGCAUUUGUUAAAUACUUCCGAGACACCUGUCAAUGUUAAUAGAGAUGAUACCAAAUGAUUGCUCAUCAAGGAAUUCUAGUAUUUUGGGAUUAUGACAGUCUUGGGAUUUGAAUUAUAUAUAAUGUCAGAUUUGCCUUAACUUGGUCUGGAACAGUACUACACAGUGGAUUGAUAUUUAAGGGACUUUAAGGGGAUUUCUCAUCAAAUCUGUUACCUCUUAGGGAGUUGAUGACCUGAAACAACAUGGUAGAGUCAACGUAUGGAAUCCUUUGUAGGGUUGCACUUACUUGUUUAAUGCUAGGUGCUAUGUGUAUUGGAAUGACACUGGAUGAUGUUGCUUCAGUGACUAAGGAAGGACCUAAAAUGAUGGAUGAAUUCAGAGUGAAGAUUCUCACAACAAUGAGAUCGCAAAUGAAAGAAACAUCUCCCCUUGAUAUUGAUCGUCCCUACCUGUCAGUGACUAGAUUUCUAGGCUCUACUCCCUAUGUUAAGCAGUUAUCCUUGCCGGCUUCACAACAAUUCUACUAUAUGAAAACUAUCAAAGAAAAAUACAGAUUGACACCCCUGGAACUAACAACAACAUUGAAGACAAUGAAGAGCCCGCUGAAACCCAACACAAAUGUUUUGAAUGGUGAUGACCCAAUGCCAAAACCAAAGUUUGGUGAAUGCCCAUUUCCAGAGAAGUACAGAUGUGACAGAACAGCUAAGUUCAGGACUAUGGAUGGCUCAUGUAACAAUUUGCAGCACCCUCUGUGGGGAAAGUCCUUUACUCCAUUCAGAAGACUCCUGCCUGCUGAUUAUGCUGAUGGUAUUGAUGUACCAAGACGGACCAAGUCAGGGAAUGCUCUUCCCAGUGCAAGGAGGGUGUCCCAUGCUGUCCACACAGACAAAGACCUCCCCAGUGCUGUACACACAAUAGCUAUGAUGACCUUUGGGCAGUUUCUAGAUCAUGACACAGAUAAGACUGCACAGACCAAAAUUGUUAAAGAUAUGAAGGGUGAACAAUUGGAGGAUGUGAAAUGUGGUUUUGAUGGCUGCAAGAUCGACUCCCCUGCCACAGAGGCCUGUUUCCCCAUUGUUGUACCAAGGGGAGAUAGAUGUAUGAAGAAGAAAUGUUUAGAAUUUGUGAGGAGUGAGGGUUCCACUGAUGCAUCCUGCAAACUUGGUCCAAGGGAGCAGAUCAAUCAAAUUACAUCAUACCUGGAUGCUUCCUUUGUUUAUGGCAGCACAAAGAAGGAAUCUGAUGAACUUAGAGAUAAAACACAACCCCGUCGUGGUAGGAUCAAGAUGACCGAUCACCCAUUUUCAUCACAUCUGAAGAAAAUCCUACCACGCUUUGAUAACAAACUGUGCAAAGACACAAACACAACAGUAAAAUGCUUCAAAGCAGGUGACACGAGGAACAGUGAGUGGGUUGGCCUGACAACACUGCACAUUGUGUAUGCCAGAGAACACAACAGGAUAGAGCAGAGACUCCAUGAUAUCAACCCACACUGGGACGGUGAAAGACUUUACCAAGAGAGUAGACGUAUCUUGGGAGCUAUUUGGCAGCAUCAGGUCUACAUGGAAUAUCUACCUUUGGUGCUCGGCUCACACACUCCAAGAUUUAACAUCAAGUUGAACUCUAAAUAUUCACCCUACCAUUAUGGCUACGACUCCAAUGUUGAUGCAAGUACAGCAAACUCCUUCCAGGCUGCGGCAUUCAGGUUUGGUCACUCACAAGUGGAGGCCUUGAUUCGUUUUGUUAGAGAUGAUGCUUAUAAAAUAUACACAGAUGACAUACUAGGAUCACAUUCACGUCGUCCAGGGUCCAUAUAUGCCCAUGGCUUAGAUAAAGGGGGUGUGGAUAAGAUCCUAAAAGGCCAGGCCAGUCUACCAGCCCAGACAACUGACUCUCACUUCACAGAACAAAUGUCAUGUCACUUAUUUGCCCACAGUGCUCCUUUUGGAGAGGGGACUGACUUAGCCUCAUUGAAUAUACAGAGGGGCAGGGAUCAUGGCAUUAGAGGUUACAACUCAUGGAGGAAGCUGUGUAGACUCCAACCUUUGACCAGCUGGUACUCACGGCCCAAGGAGUUAUCACAAGAAAUCUGGACUAAAUUCAAGUCACUUUAUGACACUGUUGAUGACAUAGACUUGUUUCCUGCGGGUGUGUCAGAGAAACUAGUGUUUGGUGGAAGUGUUGGCCCAACAUUUGCAUGUAUCAUAGGCCGCCAGUUCGAAGCACUGAGGGCGGGGGACAGAUACUGGCACGAGAACCCAAAAUCUCCAGGACAAUUUACUCAAGAUCAACUUCGGGAAAUCAAGAAGUCUUCCAUAGCUAAGACGAUCUGUAAUAAUGGUGAUUCCAUCAAAUACAUCCAAAAGCGAUAUCUCUUACUUCCACGGAGUGAAAUACCACAGUCAGCUAAACGCAACUAUUACAGCAACCUAGAGAUAGAGAAUAUUUAUGGCCAGGAGCAGAAUGAAAGAGUUCUCUGCUCAUCCCUACCACAGGUUGACCUGAAUCUCUGGAAAGAAACUCCUAAAUAUGUACGAAAAAACAAUAAGGUCACCAUUCUCAAUGACACACCUAAGCGGUCGCUUCCAGUUUUAAGACAAGUUGCAAAUAAGAAAAAACAGCUUAUUGCAAGCAAUUCCAUCAAAAGGCAAAUAUGGCCUCUGACAUCAUUGUAUAGACGAUCAGCAAUCAAACCUUACAAUGCCUACUCGAGGAUCAGACAAACAUCUGUGUACAAUCCCUGGACCAAUCCCUACUAUAGGUAUUACUAUUAACAGUAUACUACUUGUAAAAGUGGUAAAGCUGAACACAUGUUGAACAUAUCUUGAAUCAUGCUUAGAGCAAACACAAAACACAUAAUAUGGUUAGAGGUUUAUUAAAAAGAUGAAAAUGAUUACCAAUAAAGCUAAAUGAAUAAUUAAUUUAAAAUCAAAGAAUAGUAUCAAGUUUAAUAGUCUGGUUUGACAUGGCACUCAAGUUUGAGAAACACUAUCAAUGUAGUCUGGUUUGAUAUAGCCCUAUUCAAAUUUGAGAAACACUAAUGUACAGUCUCUCUGGUUUGAUAUGGCACUCAAGUUUGAGAAACACUAACAAUGUACACACUGGUGAUCCACUCGAUUACGCU